AGAUAAAAAGUUCGGUACGUACAAACAUAUGAUAAGUCUAAAAAAUGGCAUUUUUUGAAUGGAAAACAAGCACAAAAGACGCGGAAUUAGAGAGGCUUUCUAUGGGAGACAUGAAUGAAGAGUUAGGAGAAGGAUUGGAAUAUGAUAAUAUGUAUGACGGAUUAGGGGAAACACUGGAAGAAACAAAGGAUGAUAUGAAUGAGGAUACGUUUGGGGUGAAUAUGGAGGAAGUUGGAAAAGAUUUUGAUUUUUCAACAAAUACACAAAAAAUGGCAAAUAUGAUAAAUGAGGAACAAGCAUUUUAUAGAGAAAAGGAUAAGAUGAUGGAGAAGAUGGGGGAUAUUAAAUUUUUAUCAGUUGGAAAGGAAAAUAGGAAAAUUUCAGAUACUGAGUAUAUUUCACGUGUUUCGAAUAAAACAGCUCAAUCGAAAGAUCCAUGUUCAGAUAUGAAAAAUUUGGAAUAUUUAAAAUUACAAACAUCGCAUUCUGAAACAUCUACAUAUACUAAUGAGUCUAAAAAAAAGCAUUUUAAGGGAUAUAUUAGUUUGAAAGAAGUGGAAGCACAAUUUUUCAAAGAUAAUAAAAGGAAUUCUAAUGAAUCAGCUCAAGAUAAUAUGUAUAAUACGGAAUUUUUAGAUAAAAUUCUUGAUACAGAAGUAAAAAAGAAUACAGGGGUUUUAGAACAAGCGAAUUCUAGAAGAGAAUUACCUAGAUAUGAUUCUCAAACUAACUCGAAAUUACAAUACUCUGAUUCAUUUAGAAAUAAAAAAUCUGAAAAAAUAAAUGAAACAAAGCUGUUCCAUCAUAAUCAGAAUACAAAUGAUAUGUCUAAAUAUGACGGACUUAUGAGCGAGUCAGACAAGAAUUUUAUUAAUCGUAUACAGCUUUCUCAACUUGUUUCGGAUGAUCCAUAUUCAGACGAUUUUUAUUAUUAUUCAUACAAUUCUUUAAAGAAUAAGGAUAAUCAACAAAAAUUGCCGAAUAAUCCUAAAACAUCAUGUUCAUCACAAGAUAAACAGCAUCUUAAUAAACAUAAUGGAAAUCCUAUAUUAAAGAUACAGCAACAAAUACAAAAUAUAGUAGCUGCAGGAAAAGUAAAACCAAAGGCAACUCAACUUAGUUUAGAAGGUGCACUGGGGAAAAUAUCUUUUAGCACUGUUAGAACUCCACGACAAAUUCUUAGCGUUAAAAAACCACCAGAUAGUUCUAAAAAAAAUAAUAUUAAGACAUGUCAUAUAAAUACUCCAAGGAAUCAUAAAUUUUAUCUUUAUUCAAUCGAAAAAGUUUAUGAUUCUUUGCUAGAAAUUGACGAGAUAUUGCGAAAACAAAAGCAGAGUAAACAGGGAAAUAGUGAGCCUAUAGACGAUGACGAACACAACAAAAAGAUUGCGUUAUUAAAGGAACAAAUCUUAGAAAGCCUUCAUAUAACGGAACCAAUUCCUAGAAAUCCUAAUGUUGUUCACCCAUUUAUAUCAAUUAUAUCAUAUAAUAAAGGGAAAAAACUAAUACCACGAAUAUUCGAAUAUAUUAGCAGUGAACAAAAGCUAACUAUUUUAACUGUGAUCACUAUAUACUUGGAUCAUCUUGAUGUUGUUGUGUACGAUUUGUAUAAUUAUUCAAACGAAUCACCCCCUGCAUAUAUAAAAGAAAAUAUCGAUACAUUCACUCAAGUAGCAUUACCAUCUUUACUUGCAUAUGUAUCUGAAACUUCCUUGCAAAUUAUAAUCGAGCUAUUAAGUAUUAUGUUGGAAAGAAUGAAUUUACAAAUGAUAGCAAUGACUAAAAUUGGUCUUUCAUUUCUUACAAUGUUUAUUAGUCGUGCAGAAAUUAUAAAACAAUCCGCACAAGCUGACGAAUCUGAUUUAAAACAAUGGAGAAAAAUCUAUGAUUUGAUGUUUUCAAAAUUAGUAGGUCGAUUUAUAUAUGUUUUUCCACCUUCUUUAUCCUUUUCCGAUGAAAUAUAUCCAUGGCAGUUUAUGGCAGCGUGCGCUAUUUCAUCUACACUUGAACAACAACACAUUCUAGUUACUGAAGUUCGGGAAAAAGUUAUGGAUAAUGUUAUAUCAAGUAAACAUCUUCCUCCAAAUAUUGCUGCAAUUAAACUAGGAAACGUUAAUCUGUUCUUACACGCACUAGGACUGGACAUCGAACAACUUAAUAUAUAAUAUAUUACUAAUUAGCUAUUUAUUAUUACAUAUAUUUCUAUAUUUA